AUGCUACAAUGUGGAGACACUACUCAUCUCCAUAACCAGUGUCCCCAGCUGAACCAGGAGCAACAGCUAGCCACUCGAGGACGAGCAUUCAACAUCAAUGCAAACCAGGGUCGUAACGACAAUGACAUCGUUAAUGGUACAUUUCUCGUUAAUAAUCUUUACGUUUCGAUACUAUUUGAUACUGGUGCCGACAAAAGCUUUGUGACCGUAGAGUUUGGAUCUUUGUUAAACAACGCACGCUCUAAACUGCCUAAGUCGUUCUCUGUUGAGAUUGCCAAUGGUAAGUCUAUUCUAGUUGAUUCUAUUCUCAGUGGUUGUUCCUUGACUCUUAACGACCACGUCUUUGCUAUUGACCUCAUGCCCAUGCAAUUGGGUAGUUUUGAUAGCAUCAUUGGCUUGGAUUGGUUACACAAGAACCAUGUUGAAAUUGCUUGUCACGAGAACUACGUUGGUUUACCCCUCCUGUCUGGCGAUACUUUACACGUCUAUGGAGACCGACCUUCUGCAGGACUAAAGUUGAUGUCAUGCACUCAAGCGAAUAAGUGUUUACGUAAACAGUACUUUACCUUCUUGGCCCACAUGGUGGAACAAAAGGGCAAGGGAAAGAGCGUAAGCGAUGUUCCGGUAGUGUGUGAUUUCCCCGAUAUCUUUCCUGAAGAUCUUCCUGGUCUUCCUCCUCCUAGAUCUAUUAAUUUUUGUAUUGAUUUCAUACCUGGUUCGACUCCUGUCGCCAAGGCUCCAUACCGACUUACACCCUCUGAGAUGCAAGAACUAUCCAGCUAA